AUGGAUCCGAAUAACUCGAGUCCAGGCGAAUCAUCAACAGAUGAGUCAAAUAGCUACAAUAUCCUCCUAAUAUUGGCAUGCUGUAUCUGCCUCCUGCUCUAUGAGAAGCUUGUAGGGGAUGGUAAAGCUAAUUGGAUGCCACAUUUGGCCUUUAUGGCCGGGCUUUUCGACCGGCUGGAGAUCCCUGGCAAUUGUAGAAUCCUCGAUUUGAUGCAGCGUGGGGAUCAGCAACGACAAGCCUUUGAGUUUAUUCACCACCUGUUCUUAUACAACGAUCUAUUACACUCCACAGCGCAAAGGAAAUCCACCCUAUCAACCUUUUACCUACGAUCAGCGAAAAGCGCUAAACUCAUGUCUAAUAUUCCUUUUGUCGAAGGCAUGAUCCAAGCCCCACCUGUGCAAUGGAAUGAUGAUUCGACCAAUUACGGUCGUUUCUAUUAUCCCUAUCUGGUAGCUCAAAUCAGUGCCGGGUCAGAGACAGUCUCCGAUGCGUGCAUCGAUGCAUGGGAUGGCCGACUUGAUUGGCUUCCUAGUUUUUCUUUGCUAGGCGUUCGCCUUUCAUCAAAUCCGGCACCCUCUGCCAAAAACAUUCAGAGUCCGGAUAUCGAUCAAAGAACCAACAGGACAGACCUGGAAAGCUAUUCCAUCAUAAAGUCGCUUUACCGGGAUACGGCAAAGGUGUAUCUAAGACAAUGCCUGCGUCGCCGGCAAGGGCAUCAAUCUUUGUCAAAGUGUGGAUUGAAGAUGGUGGAUCUAGCCUGCCAUGCUACAUCCCUAAUUUCCCAGUUACCAGAUGGGUCACAGUUUGAGAAUGCUCUACUCUGGCCAAUCGGCAUCAUUGGUCCCGAGCUUACCGUUGCGAAAGGCUCCGAGAGAGAGUACAUUAUCGGCCGACUAAGGGCCUUGGAACAGCGUUUCCAAAUGAAACACUUCGAACGUGUACGAGAGGUCAUUAUCAAGGGAUGGAAUCGGUCUGCUCUACCAAGUUCACUUAAUGGAAACUUUCCUAGCAAUGAUGGCUAUGACGAUGAUGUAUUCCUCUUCGGAUAA